AUGUAUUUUACUUCGAUAGAGAAUUUCUGCAUUUCAACCUUCAAGGAUGGAUUCUCCUUCCCAGAUACAGUGGUAGGCUGGUCUGCUUAUUCAGAAGAGGAGUGUGGUGAGGAGACAACCAGUGGUAUGUUACUUUUAUUCACCUAAACUGACAAAAUGUAUUAUUCUGUUACAGUCCUAAUUAAUGUUGUAUAAGGUAACACAAAAUCUUGAAUAUCUUUUUAUAUUGGUUCCUCCAGCCGGAUCACCAGCAGCCUUAGCAGAAUGUUCGAAUGACAUUGGAUCUCCGAUGUUUGGUAUUCCUGUGGAGUUGGACUGUGAAUUGACCCUCAGUGACAUUCAAGGAAAUGUAAGUCAAUAUUAUUUUUAUUUAUGAUCCUGAUUUAUGACAAGUCUCAAUUUUGCGUUCUUCUUUCUUUGGGUCAGUUACAGUUAUCAUUAUGAGGAGUCGAUCUUACAGUUUGAAGAUCAGUAUCAGGUGAAUGCACCAAUUUGUAAGUCGCUCUGGAUAAGAGCGUCUGCUAAAUGACGUAAAUGUAAAUGUAAGUAUCAACUGGCUUUUACCUUCAGCUCAUGUAUUCUGUUCCUUUAUUCUGCUUAACAGUUGAUGAGGAACAUUCUUUUUUUAUUUAUUGUGUUUUACAUUACAUUUAGCAGACACUCUUAUCCAGAGUGACUUACAGUAGUGAGUGUAUACAUUUUCAUACUGGUCCCCCGUGGGAAUCGAACCCACAACCCUGGCGUUGCAAUUGCCUUGCUCUACCAACUGAGCCACGUAGUUAGUAUUGUCAAUUUUAAUAUCCAAAUGUACUCACAGUUCAACAUGUUCCUGCCACUUAUACAAAAACAAUACAAUACUACACUAAAUAAAAAUUAUAUAUAUAAUUCUCUCUCCCUAUUCAGAUCUCCAGCAGUUCAGGUGAUUUAGCACAGCUAGCCUUCAGUACUCAGAUCCUGACCUCCCAACCAGAGCGGCUAUCAGCUGACAGCAUCACCACAGCAGCUCAGAUAGCUAACACUCUGCUUCAGUCUGUAAAUAUCACAGAGGUAUAACAUGUUUUCAAAUCAAGUUGUGACUAUGACAUGUUCUGGAGAUAAACGUGAGGUUGUUACUGCAGUGAUUUGAACACUUGAGGGUCAUUCCCUAGUUUUGAUCAUGUUGCAGGACAUCGCAGUGGCAGCUGUAACUACCAUCAGCCAGCUGCUGAAUGCCAGUGAGGAGACUACACAGGAGAGAGUCGCUGUCCAGAGGUGUGUGUGUGUGUGUGUCUCUGCUCAUGUUUGAGUUUAUAUGUGUACGUGUGUCUCUGUGCGUGUCUGCAUGGGUGCAUGUAAACUGAUGUUUUUCUGUGUUUCUCUCCCAGACUCACAGAGACCCUGGAGAAGUUUUCCCUGGACCAGCAGAAUAAUGUGUCCUUGGUGGUUCAGCCCAACCUGGUAGUCCAGUCUGUCCAAGUACCAAGUGACACAGUAGGGAUCCAGUUUAGUGCUCUGACUGGUGGGUGGGACUGCUAGUGAACCUACAGUGUGUUUUUUAAAGUGAUAGUUUAUAUCUGUGUUGACAGACUGGUUAAACUUUUUAAAAUCUUAUUUUUCAUAUGUUUCUUCUCUGCUGUUGGUCAAUAAGGUUUGGUAUGGAUUUGAUUUGUUGUACUACAGACAAGUACAGAACAGUGGAGGCUGCUGAGGGGAGGACGGCUCAUAAUAAUGGUUGGAACGGAGCGAAUGGAAUGGCAUAAAACACAUGGAAACCAUGGAAACCAUGUGUUUGAUGUAUUUGAUACCAUUCCACUGAUUCCGCUCCAGCCGUUACCAUGAACCCGUCCUCCCCAAUUAAGGUGCCACCAACCUCCUGUGGUGCAUAAGGAACACUAUAUUGUUCAGCUUAAAAUGUCUAAAUCAAAUUAAUCUCGUUCUCCAGGAAUAUCUGGUCAUUUUGUGGCCAACAGAAUUAAUCUCAACACCAAUACCUCUGAACUGAAAGCUAUCAAAGGAGGUGCUACCGAUGUCCAGAUUGUUAUCAAAUUCCCACCAGGUGAGCCAAUGUUGGUAUAAUUACAAACAUAGUGUAUAAACUCAAGCUUCAAUUUCCUUAUACAGCUUUCACCGAGAGCGUUUAACUGCUCUUUGUGUAUAUGAAGUCCUGAUAUGAACAACGAUCUCUCUCUCUCUCUCCCCACCUCUCUCUCUCUCUUUCUCCCUCUCUCUCCCCUCUUUCUCCUUCACUCCACUCAGUUUUACAUAAUAAAAACACAAACCACUCCAUUCAUUUUGUACUCUACCAAAACGACCGGUUCUUCAGGUCCAGGGCAUUCACAGCUUCUUUAGGGACCAGCAGAAGGGUCAUCUCUGCUAACCUUGGACAAGUGUCUGGGCUGCAUGUUGAGAUGCUCUUCAAGCCCAGAGUAAGAUUUCUAUUGGAAUCAGUAAACGCAUAUUGGUCAAAAUUCUCUGGGAAAUGUAAUGGGAAGUUUUCCAUUAUCUACAGAGCAUUCGGAAAGUAUUCAGACCCAUUCACUUUUUCCACAUUUUGUUACGUUUCAGCCUUAUUCUAAAAUUGAUUACAUUGUUUUUUUCCCUCAUCAAUCUACACACAAUACCCCAUAAUGACAAAGAAAAACAGGUUUUUAGAAAUGUUUGUAAAUGUAUUAAAAAUAAAAUACUGAAAUAUCACAUUUACAUAAGUAUUCAGACCCUGUACUCAGUAUUUUGUUGAAGCACCUUUGGCAGCGAUUACAGCCUUGAGAAUGCUUGGGCAUGACGCUGCAAGCUUGGCACUCCUGUAUUUGGGGAGUUUCUCCCAUUCUUCUCUGCAAAUCCUCUUAGGUUGGAUGGGGAGCGUCGCUGCACAGCUAUUUUCAGGUCUCUCCAGAGAUGUUCGAUCGGGUUCAAGUCCGGGCUCUGGCUGGGCCACUCAAGAACAUCCAGAGACUUGUCCGGUAGCCACUCCUGCAUUGUCUUGGCUGAGUGCUUAGGGUCGUUGUCCUGUUGGAAGGUGAACCUUCGCCCCAGUCUGAGGAACUGAGCGCUCUGGAGCAGGUUUUCAUCAAGGAUCUCGCUGAACUUUGCUCAAUUCAACUUUCCCUCGAUCCUGACAAGUCACCCAGUCCCUGCCGCUGAAAAACAUCACCACACUAUGAUGCUGCCACCACCAUGCUUCACCGUACGGAUGGUGCCAGGUUUCCUAAAGAUGUGACGCCUGGCAUUCAGGCCAAAGGGUUCAAUCUUGGUUUCAUCAGACCAGAGAAUCUUGUUUCUCAUGGUCUUAGAGUCCUUUAGGAGUGGCUUCCAUCUGGCCACUCUUCCAUAAAGGUCAGAUUGGUGGAGUGCUGCAGAGAUGGUUGUCCUUCUGGAAGGUUCUCCCAUCUCCACAGAGGAACUCUUGCGCUCCCUGACCAAGGCCCUUCUCCCCCGAUUGCUCAGUUUUGCCUUGUGGCCAGCUCUAGGAAGAGUCUCUGUGGUUCCAAACUUCUUCCAUUUAAGAAUGAUGGAGGCCACUGUGUUCUUGAGGAAUUUCAAUGCUGCAUAAAUUUUUUGAUACCCUUCCCCAGAUAUGUGCCUCGGCACAAUCCUGUCUCGGAGCUCUACGGACAAUUCCUUCGACCUCAUGGCUUGGUUUUAGCUCUGACAUGCACUGUCAACUGUGGGACCUCAUAUAGACAGGUGUGUGCCUUUCCAAAUAAUGUCUAAUCAAUAGAAUUUAACACAGGUGGAUCCAAUCAAGUUGUAAAACAUCUCAAGGAUGAUCAAUGGAAACAGGAUGCACCUGAGUUCAAUUUCGAGUAUCAUAGCAAAGGGUCUAAAUACUUAUGUAAAUAAGGUAUUUCUGUUUUUUUUCUAAAAACCUGUUUUCGCUUUGUCAUUAUGGGGUAUUGUGUGUAGAUUGCUGAGGAAGAAGGCUGUAACGUAACAAAAUGUGGAAAAAGUCAAUAGGUCUGAAUACUUUUCGAAUGCACUGUAGGUCACAUGUCAAACUCAUUCCACGGAGUACGUGAUUGAAAGUUAAGGUCACUGAUUAGUAUGAAACUCCCCUCAUCUGAUUGUCUAGGUCUUAAUUGACAGGAAAAACAAAAACCAGCAGACAAUAGGCCCUCCAUGGAAUGAGUUUCACACCCCUGAUCUAAGUUAUCCAUUGACACUUAUCCGCCACAAUGAACAAGGAAGCAUAUUUUGGCUAGUGAACAAGGAAGAAUAUGUUGUCUUGUGUAUAAUAUGAUCUAUCAUAAUUGAAAAUUCUUCUUUCCCACAUUUUUUUAAUGAGGAAUCUUGUCGUCUAGUUGUGAAUGCAUGUCUUUUGCUGAAGGAUUUACAGUGAGUUUGUUGCUGUUCUCACUUCUCAGGCUGUUCCCAACGCCUCCCUCUAUGACUUUGCCUGCGUGUCGUGGAACUACACGUUGAAAGACUGGAGCACCUAUGGCUGCUCCAAAGUCAACAACUCAGCAGACGGCCUGCGAUGUUUCUGUAAUCACACCACUAACUUCGCUGUGCUUAUGGUGAGUAGCUAGCUGCCUUCAUCUUCCUUUAACUGACCACAAUUUGACCUAUGGAAGGGGUUCCAAACGUUAUUGGCCCACAACCCUGUUUUGAUAUCUGAAAAUUAUCUUGACCCCAACCAUGUACAUUUUCUUUUGUAAUUAAGAGCCAAUGUUUACUUUUUUAUAUGGGGUUAUAACAGUCAAUUGCAAAACAUUCAGUAUUUCUGAUUGUCUUCUCAACUCCCCAUCACAUAUUUUUAAUGUGGGGCUAUGACAGUCAAUAGCAAAGUGGUCUGACAUAAUGUCUCUUAUCUCAACACCACUAAUGAGAUGAUGAGAUCAGAGACCUGAUGCAUGUCGCGUCAGAGCUUCUCAAAGUCAGGGGGUGUGGAUGACAGUGUGCACCUCAUCUCCGGUUUCACUUCCAACCUGGAUCGAUAUUUGGUUUUAACGCAGACAAGUGCACUAAAUAAAGCCUCACACAGAUAUUAGCUGUCAAAGGGUACCAUGAGUUUUAAUGAUCAGAAGGAGAUGGCAGGGUAUUGCCUUUGAGUCAGGAACCAAAAUGGGUUAUCUGCAGCAUUCGGUCAUAUGACGGCUCGAUCAGAUUUCAAUUUCACUUACCGGUAUGUCAACUGAGGCAGGAUAACAGUCAAACAGAUUUCUCUCCAAUAAGAAAUCUUUCCUCUGAAUCAACUGAUUCGGUCACUCAUCUGUAGAAUGUUUUUGUAUUUCCCCUGCAUGCUUGCGUUCAGUUUGUUCAGUUUCCCAUUUUAUUUUCAUUACAUACAGAAAGUCAAUAAAGUCUUUGUUUUUUUGCCCACCGUUCGUUCACAUGGAAUCUGUUUUUCCUCAAUAUCGCCACGCAGCGCAUCCUCUGUACAGUUUCAUGCUCGAGAAUCGUGAGACAGAACAAUAUGUCCUCGUGAAUAGAAUCCCGGCCCUCACAACGUCCAUUUGGAAAGCUGGGGAGUUUUUGAGUGGUUCAGUAGGUUUCCUAUUGGUUGCUAACUAUAGCAUAAAUUCUUCAUUUUACAGUGUUAUCUGACAAAGGUAUUGAUUAGUGUUUCUGUGCCUCGGCCUCCCCACACCUUGUUUUCACCAUAUCUAUUGUGGCGGUAAUAUCUCUGAAAUAGUGUGUGGUUUCAUUCUGUAGUGGGCCUAGCCAUUCACCUGGGAAUAGGGUGACCACAUGUCCCAGAUUGUGCGGGACAGUCCCACAUUUUGGCCCUUUGUCCCGCAACUAAACAAUCAUGUCCCGCAUUUUUAUCAACAAAUUCAAACACCACCAAUUUAGAAAAAACUAUGAUUUGUCCAGUAUUUCAGUCAGACAUUCCAACCUGUCUCUUGCAGUCACAUUGUGCUUAUGAAAAAAUGUACCUGCAUAUCAUAAGGAUGUGGUAGCCACGGUGAUGUUAAACACUUCUCCAAUCGUUGUCGAGAUCUGAUAUUCUUUGCAGCAGAAGAGGAGACAUAGGCCAAUGUCAUAGGCCUAUCGUCAACAAAUAUUUCUCAAAUCCUUUCAGGCUAAAUUCCUGCUAAACUUGGAGAGGACAGUUCAUUUCCACCUUGUUACUCUCAGAUUGUAUAAAACAUCUAAUUGAUUGGCUGCAAGUUCUACAAUAUCUCAUAGUUAGGCCUCCUAACUACUUACAAAGAGCUAGAAAAGUAGGUAAAUAGCCACAUUAGACUGAAAGAUAUAAUCAUAGCAGUGGGAAGUAGGGUGCUGCAGCACCUCCUGAAAAAUCACAAUGACAAAAUAAUAAUAAUACAUAUUUUCACUAAAGUAGUGCAUUGGGCCUUUACUAGUCCUGUAUUAACAGACCGAUAUAACCGUUUUUAUAGUGCGGGCAAAAAAAUUUAACAUGAAGAAUUAUCAUUCACAAUUGACAGCGAUGAUACAUUGGCCUAUUUCUAAAUUAGGUAUAGGUUAGGUUACACUGUCCCACAAAAUCAUCCUGUUGUCCCGCAUUUGUGUAUUUUAAAUGUGGUCAUCUUAAGUGGGAAUGAUUCUAGUGCAGCUGUCAAGUGAGGCCUUUUCCUACGAUCUAAGGGCGCUCUCUUGUUGAAUUUUAUGUUUUAGAUUUGAAUCAUUUUCAUUUCAAUUUUUAAGGUUAACCACAUUACAAUGAUUUUGAGAUACAAAGACAAUAUCAUAAUAUUUUAUACAAAUUAUUAUUAUUAUUAUUAUUAUUUUAAUUUUUUGCAGGAUUUUGGAAAUUCUCCUGCUAUCCCAUUUUCAUAUCAGGCGAACCCACAUCAGGUCGCGACCCCUAGUGUGGGAACCGCUGACCUAUGGUUUACCACAGCAUAUCCAGACACAUGAGGGAGAUGACUUUAUACAGUAUGACUGUGACAAACUUAGUGUUGAAAAAUAUUUUUUUACUUUCUUUCUACAGUCGUUCAGGAAUGAUUUUAAAUACGCUGAAGCUCUAAACUGGAUCACCAGAUUGGGAUGCUCCAUGUCCAUCAUAGGGUUGAGUUUAACAAUAACAUUCCAGAUCGCAACCAGGUAAGAUCCUACAGGGUUCCAGAACCAAUUCAACAUAUACAAUAACAUUCGAUAUUGUGACCCGGUAAGAUCCUACAGGGUUCCAGAACCAAUUCAAAAUAUAGAAUAACAUUCCAGAUCGCAACCAGGUAAGAUCCUACAGGGUUCCAGAACCAAUUCAACAUAUACAAUAACAUUCCAGAUCGUGACCCGGUAAGAUCUUACAGGGUUCCAGAACCAAUUCAAAAUAUUGGGUGCAUCUCAAUAGUGUAAAGAAGCCCUUUGUCUGAUCUAACAUGACUUGAUAGGUGAAACCAUUAUGAAACCCACUAUUAAUGACCCAACACAUCCAUAGCUACGCAUCUAACUUCCCUAACAUAGUGUUGUCUAUCACCUAUCCCCAGGAAAUCACGCAAAACCAACCCAACGGUCCUCUUAGUGAGCGUCUGCAUGUGUCUCCUGAUCUUCACCCUUCCUCUUCGUGUUGGGAGUGGACAACCCUCAUAAACAGCUGGAGAAACCUGAAAUACAGGAGGACAACAUUCUCCCCCCGUCCGACACACAUACAGAGCGGGACAGAGGCCCCUGUACUGCAGUCGCAGUCCUGCUGCAGUACUUCCUCUUGGGGACGUUCACCUGGAACACGCUGUACGCCACACAUGUCUUCCUGAUGAUCAGAAACAGCCUGGCCACCAACCCGUCACACUUCACAGCCUGUACUGUGGCCAUCGGAUGGGGUAGGACAGCAUGGGAACAAAAUAAAGUAUUUAGUUGUUUCAGAAGUUUUGGCUGACAUUUUCCCUGGGCUCCUUGAACCAAAACGAAUGCUAGGAUAUAUUUUCAGGCUCUAAUAAGCCUAAAAUAGAACUUCAAAGCAACUUGUAUAGUGAUGUUCUGUCUUUAGAGGAUGUAUGUGUAGUAUAUAAUCUGUAUAUGUCUGCAUGCUAAUCUACCAGGAAUUAACAACAACAUUCUCUGUCCUUUAGGACUGCCUGCGGUUGUGGUGGCCCUCACCUUAGGAAUUAGUUACAGAGUGGAUAAUCCACUGGGUUACAGGCAGGAGGAAUUGUGAGUCAAUACCGUAUUUUACUAUACUAUACUUUACUAUACUGUACUGUACUUGAAAGAGAGCGACCCGGCUCUACGUAUUUCCUGGUUUGUGAACCACUGCAUGGGCAGAGUGUGGGGUGCAUGGGGACAGUCUGAUUGGCUGAAGCCCCGAGCUGGAGGUGAUGGAUAUCUCUCACGUGAACUGUACUGUAUUGUACUAUACUGUACUGUACUACCAAUAUCAAUGUGGGGCAAUUGCUGUUUAAAAUGUUAUAACUCAUACUGUAAAAGGUUUUCCCUAUCAAUUUUCGUAUUGUAUGCUUUUAACGAUGGCAACAAGCAAUUUAAAAAGUUGUAAAAAACUAAAAGAAUGAUCCAUUGUAUUGAAAGGUUUCUUGUUUACUUAUGCCACCCACCAUGUUUACUUAAUACCAUGUUUUCAAAUCACUGGCGUCCUGUUUUGUCUGUCACAAAGUCCCACUCUCUAUCUCAUUCAUUUGACCUCUCAGUUGCUGGCUUGCUGCCCUCGAUCCAAAGGGGAACUUUGACUUCAAGCUGCCAAUGUUUUGGGGGUUCCUGAUCCCUGUGGCGUUCAUGCUUAUCUUCAACAUGGUGGUGUUGGUGUAUUUUGCAGUUACAACAUCCAAGACCCACCCACAUAUAACCAGGUAACAUUAAUGGGGGCUUUUGGGGGGCACAAAGUAGAACGUUGUAGUCAUUAAGAUCAGUCUUGAUUUAAAUGCCUACUAACGAGCUUGUUAAUUUUGUAUUGUCUUUCAAUUAAAACUUUUUAUAAAUAAAAUGCAUACUUUUUUAAAUUAUUAAUUCAGUCAUUAGUAAGCAAAUCAUACAAUUUGAUGAGCACCAUUCUCUAACCUACUGAGCCAUUGGAAGCAUAAUGUUCUUACAGUGGGGGAAAAAAGUAUUUAGUCAGCCACCAAUUGUACAAGUUCUCCCACUUAAAAAGAUGAGAGAGGCCUGUAAUUUUCAUCAUAGGUACACGUCAACUAUGACAGACAAAUGGAGAAAAAAAAAUCCAGAAGAUCACAUUGUAGGAUUUUUUAAUGAAUUUAUUUGCAAAUUAUGGUGGAAAAUAAGUAUUUGGUCACCUACAAACAAGCAAGAUUUCUGGCUCUCACAGACCUGUAACUUCUUCUUUAAGAGGCUCCUCUGUCCUCCACUCGUCACCUGUAUUAAUGGCACCUGUUUGAACUUGUUAUCAGUACAAAAGACACCUGUCCACAACCUCAAACAGUCACACUCCAAACUCCACUAUGGCCAAGACCAAAGAGCUGUCAAAGGAUACCAGAAACAAAAUUGUAGACCUGCACCAGGCUGGGAAGACUGAAUCUGCAAUAGGUAAGCAGCUUGGUUUGAAGAAAUCAACUGUGGGAGCAAUUAUUAGGAAAUGGAAGACAUACAAGACCACUGAUAAUCUCCCUCGAUCUGGGGCUCCACGCAAGAUCUCACCCCGUGGGGUCAAAAUGAUCACAAGAACGGUGAGCAAAAAUCCCAGAACCACACGGGGGGACCUAGUGAAUGACCCUCAGAGAGCUGGGACCAAAGUAACAAAGCCUACCAUCAGUAACACACUACGCCGCCAGGGACUCAAAUCCUGCAGUGCCAGACAUGUCCCCCUGCUUAAGCCAGUACAUGUCCAUGCCCGUCUGAAGUUUGCUAGAGUGCAUUUGGAUGAUCCAGAAGAGGAUUGGGAGAAUGUCAUAUGGUCAGAUGAAACAAAAAUAUAACUUUUUGGUAAAAACUCAACUCGUCGUGUUUGGAGGACAAAGAAUGCUGAGUUGCAUCCAAAGAACACCAUACCUACUGUGAAACAUGGGGGUGGAAACAUCAUGCUUUGGGGCUGUUUUUCUGCAAAGGGACCAGGACGACUGAUCCAUGUAAAGGAAAGAAUGAAUGGGGCCAUGUAUCGUGAGAUUUUGAGUGAAAACCUCCUUCCAUCAGCAAGGGCAUUGAAGAUGAAACGUGGCUGGGUCUUUCAGCAUGACAAUGAUCCCAAACACACCGCCCGGGCAACGAAGGAGUGGCUUCGUAAGAAGCAUUUCAAGGUCCUGGAGUGGCCUAGCCAGUCUCCAGAUCUCAACCCCAUAGAAAAUCUUUGGAGGGAGUUGAAAGUCCGUGUUGCCCAGCGACAGCCCCAAAACAUCACUGCUCUAGAGGAGAUCUACAUGGAGGAAUGGGCCAAAAUACCAGCAACAGUGUGUGAAAACCUUGUGAAGACUUACAGAAAACGUUUGACCUGUGUCAUUGCCAACAAAGGGUAUAUAACAAAGUAUUGAGAAACUUUUGUUAUUGACUAAAUACUUAUUUUCCACCAUAAUUUGCAAAUAAAUUCAUUAAAAAUCCUACAAUGUGAUUUUCUGAAAAAAAAAAUCUAAUUUUGUCUGUCAUAGUUGACGUGUACCUAUGAUGAAAAUUACAGGCCUCUCUCAUCUUUUUAAGUGGGAGAACUUGCACAAUUGGUGGCUGACUAAAUACUUUUUUCCCCCACUGUAUAUCACAGCAUUACAGCAGUCUAUGACCGCAAUCUAAGCAUGUUGGUUAUAUUUCCCAGUACAAGACACACAUCGAUGAAGAAGAAGUUUCUCAGUAGCUUUUCUCUGGCUGUGGUGCUCAGUCUCUCCUGGAUCCUGGGCUAUCUGUUGCUCAUUACACAGAACCAGACCACCAUGUACACCAUACUCAACAUCUCCUUCUGUGUACUCACCACCACUCAGGUAGUAAAUGUAUGCACUCACUACUGUAAGUCGCUCUGGAUAAGAGUCUGCUAAAUGACUAAAAUGUUAAAUAUAAAGACUAGUGUGCUAUUGUACCACAGAAUCCAGACAUGAUUGAAAACUAGACAGCUACUAAACAUUAAAAAAUUCUGCUGCUCUUUAUGGAAACGCUACCUUUUGUUUGUCCUUUUGUGUUCCUGAAAAUACUUGAUAACAUCUUUGUGUUUUUACUUUCGCUCCACAGGGCUUGCAGGUUUUCAUUCUGUUCACAGCAAGAACAGCAAUUGUCAAGAAAACGAUGUCAAGUGCUUUGAAAUCUGUCUCUAGCGCUGGGAUCCCUCUUCACACCAAGAAGUACAGUCUAUGGCGAGGCGAGCAAAGUGAAAAAGUAGAAUCAUACACACAGCAGGACACUGAUCUGUCAUUUCCACCUUGUUCCUCACAGACAUCUAACUGAUGGGCUGCAAGUUCAACCUCUGUUGUAAAAUAUCUCAUAUACCUCCACUAUUUCCUAUAAUAUACAGUAUAAUACACACCAUUUUGUAUCAAUGUAUUUUUACUGUGAAUUCCCUCAGAAGUUGUGUUGUCCAAGGAUUUUUUGCCUUUGCACAUACUGUAUGUGUUUUUUGAAUUGUAACUGUUUUGA